GCUGGUCAGGGUCGCGCGAUACUGCCCUUCUGGCUCUGGAUCUCAGGAUAUCUAAUUCGGCAUUGACGGAUGCUCAAAGGGACAAAUGGGGUGCCGUGGACCCCGCAUGGGAUACAAUGCCAUGUCUCGACGUCCCAGGCCCAGGCUUGUAGAUGCUGAGCAGCCGACCGGCGCGCAUUGCAUUCGCUGCUGUCUUGUCCCAUUCGCUCUAUAUCGGUGUAUUGGUGGAGAGCUCGGUCUCAUCGAUCCUUCUGAAUUGUACAAACAACCCUUUAGCAGCCCGUCAUAUUGCUGCCGACCAAUCAGAAGCAGAGACUUUAGGACGUAUCUGGCCAUUCUCGUCUGCAGGAGACAUGUGAAACUUUGUGCGGAGACCAGCGGCAGGAUCCCACGAUCGAAGAGCUUCCUGCCCUUCCAAGAAGCACCUUCCUCUCCUUCCAAAGGGCGCGGGCAGGCCGACGGCCAAGCUCUGGUCCCCAGUGGCAUGUGGGGAGCGGAGCUUGAAUCUGACCCGCGCGCGCACCAAUUUCCGUGGCAUCCGGCUCCGUACUUGGUCCUAGCUUCAUCACAGAGAGGCAGGAAGAAAGGCACCGUUCCCCGCCUGUCCGUCUUCAGGCACAUCGAUCACUAAUGCAGGUCCAUACAAUUACAUGAUGCCAAGGGUCAAGGUUGCUGUCCCUAGUGCUAAGAUACCUACUGUGCAGGUUGUGGGCCUGACCCGUCCCCGCCAGCAGGAGCGGCAGGGGCUGCACUCGUGAGAUGAUCCUUGCCCAUGGGCAGGCCAGAAAGACGGUGUCGCAGCCGUUCGUACUUUUGCCUCUGUGCUGGUCCAACGCUGGGCGACACUUUCGACAUGGCCAGGAGGAAGUGCUGCUGUAGGACGACGACCUUGUCCGAAGCCCGAAGCAGAGAAGGAUCUCUUAAAGUCUGACGUAGGGCAAGCACGCUCGCUUCCCGUGUCAGGGCCGCGAGAUCAGCACCGCUAAAUCCAUCGAGGCGUGUGUCAAA